GUUUGGUUUGAUGUGGCGAUCAUUACCAAUUGCUAAAGUAACUGUGUAGUCUUCUCUAGCUCUGUCUGCUGUGUGUGUUCCUGCUAUCCCCUAUCAGUAUAUCUGACACCACUGCUUAGAGAGAAUGGCUCACUUCAAAGGUCGUCACAAGUGGAGUAUUGACUUCUCAGACAUUAGGAGACGCUCGGAGCGUGGUGGUGGCCGCUCAGACCUCCCGUCCCCUCUUGGUUACCUUGACAACCCGCCAAGAGACGACGAUUCAGCCGAGUCUGGUGACACAGCCCUCAUCACUAGGAUUGGUUGGUCUGUGGCGCUGGGUCCGUGGAAGCAGCUUCCCCUAAACCUGUUCAUCAUGUGGAUGGCAGGCAACACCAUCUCUCUGUUCCCAAUCAUGAUGGUGGGGAUGAUGUGUGUGAGACCAGUCCAGGCUCUCAUGGGCAUCAAGGAUGUGUACCUGAAGCUGAAGGGAGACCAGGCCAUACUGCAGACCAUUGUCUUUGUCCUGGCCAACCUCGUGGGUAUAGGCCUCGGCCUGUACAAGUUCCACAGCAUGGGGCUACUACCAACGGCACAAUCUGAUUGGCUGGAAUUUAUGGAGGAGCGACAAAGUUUGGAGAUCUCGGGAGGAGGAUUUGCACUGACUUAAUUAUUAGCUGUGUAGGAAAUAAGUGUCUCGUGUUGUUCUAAUUAUAGUAUCAUAUCAUUAUGUCAGAGAUUAUUGAUCAAAAUAAAUAAUUAUUGAUAUCAA